AAUGCUGAGGAGGAGAGAAGCAGAGGAGCGGAGGAGCGGGAGGAGAGACGAGUUUGCUAACCCAGCUAUGAAAACAGAGGCUUUUAAAAGUUUUUAAAAAGAUAGUGUUGAUAUUUUAGACAACAAUUAAACCGUGCCUGUAGUUAUAAACUCUGCUGGAGGUGUAUGGAAAAGGCUGGACUACUGCGUAGGGUAGGUUAGCUGGGUUAACUAGCGUUAACUUUUCUGGGCAUUUUUAAAUCUUAACGGUUAUUUUGCUAGUUCGCUAUUUUAGCUGGCUAGGUUAACGUUAAGGAGACAGAAAACGACGAGCUGUUUUUUGUUUUUUUGACGAACUUUCGGCCAAUGUUUUAACACUCGCCGCCUUGUCUUCUUGUGGGUGAGCCCGUCCUGAAGGAGACUGUCACCAGCCUCCUCCAGCCCGCCCUCUAAAAUCGUCUCAAUAAAUAUAAAUUAGCCUCCAGGACUCUGGUUCGACUCCCCGCACUCAGCCGGGCCUCGUCCUCUCCUCCCCCGGGCUCUGUUAGGAAACUUGGAGCGUGUGCUUGGACACAAUGCUGGACUGAGCGUGUGAGUUAUGGCCUCGGCGGUGUUUGAGGGAACCUCUCUGGUGAACAUGUUCGUGAAGGACUGCUGGGUGAACGGGGUCCGCAGGCUCAUCAUCAGCGACAGAGGGGAGGAAGAGGAGUUCUUCGAGCUAAGGACCGAGUGGUCUGACAGGAAUGUGCUCUACCUGCACAGGAGCUACUCGGACUUGGGAAGGCUGUUUAAAAGACUGCUGGAGUGUUUUCCUGAGGACAGGAGAGAUCUGUCCAAGUCCACUUUCCUGGAAGGCCUUGUGAAGAUUAAAGAAGCGAAGGACAUUGAGGUCAAGCUGAACGAGGUGGAGAAGCUGCUAAAGAAUGCCAUCAACAUGCCAUGGAAGUUUUCCAGGUCAGAGGUUGUGUUAACAUUCUUUGAACGUUCUCCACUGGACCAAGUGCUGAGAAAUGACAACAUCCAUAAGAUACAGCCCUGCUUCCAGAGCCAAGUCAAGAUUUCAGAGAUUAUGAGGUCUAAUGGGUUCUGUUUGGCGAACACUGAGACCAUUGUAUUUGAUGAGAAUGUUCCACAAGAUAAGGAGAGACCCUCCUCUACGGACUCAGCAGAGCAUUCGUACGAGGAUGAUGGUAAGGAGUGUCUAUCUGUGGACCAGGACCUCAGUGAUGAUGAAACAGAGGCUUAUGUCACCAACCUGUCGUACUACCACCUGGUGCCCUUCGAAACUGACAUCUUGGAGUGAGAGGACACGUUUCUUGUGUGGGCAGAUGCUGAAAGGCAGAAGAUAAUUUAAACCUGCACUCCAGCUGUGAAGAUGAGCAGACAGCUGUAUAUGGAGAUGCUGCAGCUGCAUUUACAGUGGCUGAAAGAGACGGGGAAACUGAUACAGACAGGCCUUCAUGUAGUCAAAACAGACCACAAAACCCUCUACAGUGUUGGUGGAACAGCUAUGCCCACCUGUGCCUCUAAUGCUGCUGUUGAUCAUGUGCCUCAGUACAUAGCCUGGAGUUUGAACAGAUGGUGUCUGCUGGGGAAAGCAGAGCUGUAGCUAUGGAGUCCUUGCUAUUAAAUACUGAAGGAGCCAUGUUCUCAUUAAGACUGAAAGAUAGAAUACAUUUUUAAACACAGAUAAACAUCAAUUCAAAAAAGAAUUAUAUAGUAAUUCAUAUUGGCUUUAGAUAGUCAUUGAAGUGUAAGAAUGUGUAGCCUGGCCUAAAAUAAGUGAACCAAGUAAUCCUAAACUCAGAAACUCAGAAACAACAGAAAGAUGUACCUUUUAAAAUAGAGUGAACAUAAUUGGCAUGCAGACAGUAGUUGGAGUUCGCUGAGUGUUUGUCAAGUACAGAUAAAGCUGUAAGUGCAUUUAAAGUAAGAAAAUAAUGUAAAAAAUGAUUCUAAUUGGCAUGGCACAGAAAUCUAACUCAUGAUUAAUUGCAAAUUGCAUAAGACAAACACAUAUGAUGAUGACCUGUGAAACAUUGCUAGGACAAGAAAUUGCAGCUUAUCUUAGGCUUAGAUGAGAGCACAGUGGUGAUGCCUGACCAUUAUGAAUUAGGGACUGCUUAAUAAGCUUUUAACUAUUGACCAGCUAUUUUCUCAUUGCAAAUAAGUAAAAUCCAUUUUUGUACAUAGUGGUCACACUUGCCGUUAGAUUGAAUUCUCUGAAUGCUGCAAUGAAAUGGUGCUGAAACUUAAAUGACUCAGACUUGUCACAACUGUAGGGAUGCCUGGCACCUAGAACAGCGGAGCUGAUGCUGCAGACGUGGAUAGAAUAUCUAUAUUUAGUAUUAUAGUCAUUAUUUUCAAGCUAAGUAGCUGUUCACAUGGUGCCCUAGAAAUCUGCCUGAAUGAAUACAGUGCAUUCUCCUCACAAAAGCAGUUGGAGGCCAUUACUUAAUACUCUCUCCUGUGCAGUCUGACCACAAAAUGGUUUAGGAUUGACUGUUCAAGCACACAAGCUGGAUGGAAAUCUUCUGGAAGGCCCUAUUCCAAUCUCCAUUGAUUUUAACAUGGAUUUUGUCUAGAAUAAUUAUUCUGAGGUGUUAUGUCUGGCUGUUUGUUGUUUACGUAAAAAAAAAACAACAUUAUGGUUUAGGCCCCAAGAAAAUUAUUUCAGUUCAAGAGAAUCUUGUCUUAGAGUGUGAGCUUAUACACUAGCUGGAACUGACGAAAUUAGAAUAAGAACAACUUUGAUUUUAAGUGCAUUAAGUGAUUUUAAAUAGCAAAAUAUAACAGUGAUUCCAGUCUUUUCAACUGUAGUGUAAUCAUCCAUCCAAUCAUCCAAUCCUUACUAUUCUUUUUGUGGUUUUCUUGACAGAUGAGUAUCAUUAUUUUCAGAUAGCAUGAAGGAUUGGCCCAAGCUCUGCUAUUGUAUAGCAGCAUUGGCUGAGACUCAAAAUCAGGCAUUUGGAAUUGGGUUGAAUGUGGUUUAUACUCAACAGCCAGUGAUGUGGCCCAUUUUCCAUAUUAUACUCCAUAUUAUCCAUAUCCAUAUUGUCCAUAUUAUACAGCUUGGGUCGUUUGUUGUAUUUGGCAAAUAGGGAUGUUGGCACAUGCAACACUCGAUCCAAAUAAGAGCCAAGCCGUUCAGACCUAGAUUUAGCUAAAGACAUAGCUAAAAAUGCCUUAGUGAUUUUUGGGUUCUGAUCUGGGUUCUGAUUUGAGUGUUUUUGGGCCAAGAUGAAAAGCCAUACAGUCAGAUACUGUGAGUAGUGAUUGCCAUUAAGCGAGUAGCAGAGUUUUGCCCUCAUGAAUGGUAGGGGCCUAGAUAUUUCCCCCAACACACACACACACGCACGCAGGCACACACACACACACUCCCCCAUUCUGCUUCCAGUCUACUUUGUAAUGCAGUCAUGCUCACUCUGCCGCCCGUGAGAAAGUUCCGCUCUUUCACAGUCAUGCUGAGAAACUGUUUUUCUGCCUAUUCUCUACCCUGUCUCCCCGAGCACAGUGCAUACUGAAGAAUAGGACAGGACCCGAGUUUUUACAUGAAUAAACAGGGUGGGUAAUAUUUGUGAAACUUCUUUGCAAUGGCAAAAAUGACCUUGUUCCCCCUUUUAAGUGAAUGAAAAGGAUCUACAAGGGGAGCCAGUAGAUGCUGGAUCAUUUAGAAGGGGCUUUUAUUUCUACAACUUUAUUAUUCAUGAUCCCAGCAGAUUCAGACAUCGACUGAUAAUGCCUUUACAGGAACCAAACAUUCCAAUGUGACUCCAGGGUCCUGUUCCAAGACCCAUAAACAACUGUGCUUUCUCUUUUUUUGCCUGAGCACAGCUGACACUGCAGUUUGCGGGAAUGUGUGAGCAUUAAAAAACUACAUGUGUGUAAACUGAGUGAUGAGCUGAAAUAGAGAUAGUAAGAGCACAUUUCUGUAACAUCUUUGGUCACAAUAGAAUAUAAUAGCACUUGAGCCAAAGUUGGACACUUUAUGUAUUUAAAUACCGUAUAGAGACUUUUGAGACAUUUGAACGAAGUCUGUAUUAAACUGUUGCCUAUUUGCUACCAGCUGUCUCUUUUUCCGAUGACUGCGGUCACAUUUGCUAAAAUGUGAACGGAGUCUGUCAGAGCAGUUUGGCAUGAAAUUAUUUAUUGUAGAAACAUUUACUGACCCUGAUGUCUUUAGAACUUGAGUCCAUGGUGUUUACAACACAGAUACUCAUCCACAAGUGUAUCCAUGCAGUUUUAUUGGUUAUAUAUUUUGUAUGUAAUUGUAAAAUGAUGGCAGACCUAAAAAAAUACUGUAAUGCCCUGCCAGUAACAUAUUUAGAAAUUUUAUACAUGGCCAAAAUCUUUAAACUGUCAAAUUUGUUAUAAGGCAAUGUGUCAGACAUUAAGGAGUUUAACCAUUUUGUGUAGUAGUGUUUACAUGGAUGUUCUUAACCAUCUGUUUACCAUCACCACCUCUCUAGAACACCACCUCAAUCACUUUCACCUCAAACAGCUCACAACAACUUGGUGUACUUCAAUUGUGUGAAUAAUUUGGACAAAUCAUUAGAAUUCCUAUUUAAUUUUAAAGUAUUAAAAGAAGACCAAAGCUUUUUUUGGACAAUGCACAUAAACAGUGUUUUUAUGGGCUUGUUUUUUCCAGUUUUAUUUAACAUGACAUAGGAUAUUUAUUUUUCUAAGCACAAUUAUAAAUGAACUUUUUUCCAUUAGAAGAAUUUCUGUACUGCAUGAACUGUUUGCAGGCCCUAUGCAGUUAGGAACUGAGUGAAACAGUGUUGUGUUUUAUUGUUGUUGGAGCAGAUGUCUGAAAUGAUUGCAGUCUGCUCAGAACUAAUUGUAUUAAUGCUUAUUAAACAUGUCUUUAAUAAUACUUUUGAAUAAUGCGCCAUUAAAGCUUUUUU